CACCCCGGCCAUGGCAAGCAGGCACGCACCGCACGGACAAGGCGACGAGAUUAGUUUGCGGUGUGUCGAGGACAUUAGCAAAUCCUAGCAAACGAAUGAGAUUAUUGUAUUCCUAUAUGAAACCGUGUAUGUAUAUCCAUAUAGCAACAUGCAUACUUGCGCCGGGAAAUGCAGCCUCCUGCCUAGUUUUUUGACAAAGAAGAAGUAACCGUUAGUCCUAAUCCGGACUAGAUAACCCAAGGAGAUCCAAACAAUACAUCGGCAAAGAUAUAAGGCGUUAUAUCUGGAUACGUUCAUUCAUUCAUUGGUGUUUUUUUUAUUUUUUAUUUAUUUAUUUUUUUAAAGACACGGCGGUCAGUGUGUCUUAUCUGUCCCUUCGCAUAGUUAGUAACCCUACAAACUGAGAGAUGGACCGAGGCGGCUGCCGAUUAAAUGGCGGCGGCGGUAGUGAAGCUAACGGGUCGGAACCGGGAUCCAGACCCGGGAUGAUCACGCUGGAGGACCUGGAGUCUUUCACCGAGGACCAGCUGUCAGACUCGGGCAAUGGGAGCCUUGAAGAGGAAGGUGAGACGAUGGAGGAGGACGAGGACCCGAACCGACUGCUGCACUACUGGCAGGACAUAGCGAGGGGACACCAAGUGGAAGUUCCUCAAGAUAUGUCUCAACCCAUCCAACAGCUGACCAGUAAUAACCAGGGACGCUCUCAGAGAGAACACAUCCCUUUUACCCUUAUCGCCCGCAAAGAAAAGUGCGGGGACGUGCUAUAUGAGAAGCGCCACUAUGAGAAAGGCCACUGGGCUUGCAUCACAGUGCGUGAGGACACCUAUGAACAGAGCAUCUGCUACGGCUUCAUGAGGAUAAUGAGAUACAUCUGCCAGCAGAACUCUUUAGGUGAAUACCUGGGCAUGACGCUGCCCAUCGUCACAGUAGUGCACACAGAUGAGAGCCAUUCCGUGAUCUCCCAUGACGUCACCGUAGCCUACUACCUUCCCACAAACCACCAGGCCCAGCCCCCACAACCUUUGGACAGCGAUAUCAUCAUCGAGGUCUGGCCUGCCACCAUUGUAUACGCAAGGGCCUUUACUGGAGCCACUAAUGAAGUGACCAUCAUCAAUCAGCUCAACACCAUGGCGGAGGUGCUGGACUCUCCGGGUGUGUGCGUCGGUGAUUCUUUCAUUGUGGCUGGCUACACCAACCCUGCUCACAGCAACCGUCAGAAUGAGAUCUGGUUCCUUGAGCGGCAGUGAGGGAGGAGCAGAGCCAGCAGCAGCAGCCUCUCUUUGACCUUUGAACCCCCAUAAGACUCCCAUAACUUUGCCCCUCCCUGUCCAGCUUUGCUCAGCUUACAGCCUGAAGUAUAACAUCUUCUGUAGUUGCUGCCUCUACCCCAAAUGACUACUAGCCUGUUACACUCCAGACCAGCCAGGGCUCACAACAGUCAUCACCUCAUCUAGCCUCUAAGUGAGUGAAUGUUAGUUUUAAGACUCAUCCGUAAGCUAUCUGACCCAUACAGACUAAGCUAAACUGCAGCUCUACUGUCACAGAAAGUUCAUUUUGAUUACUGCUCCAGUCACACAGGAAAACAGCUACUUGCUUUGACAGAAAUGGAAUAUUGCCCUGAUAACAACUACAAACAAACAUUUCUGUCUUUAGCAUAAGCUAGGCAAUGGUCUGUUCUUAUCAGUUAUGAAGGGGCAGGCAGAUAAACAACGUCUUAACCAGGAGGAGGAACUGGUUACCUGAGAAGCCAUAAAAUAGGCUUUACAAAGUUAGAUGCAAAGUAGGUGGCACGAAUUUAGAAAAAGCAAUGACACCUUCACGUGUAAAAUACUAAGCAAAUCUGCUUUUAUAAUAAGCCAACAACAUGAAUGUAUGGAUACAGGGAGAGGGUAAAGAUAACUCUCACAUUUCUACAAACCAAAACCUGAAAAAUCCGCUGACUUUACUGCUGAAUGACAAUCAAAAGUACUGACUGCAUUUGUCAUUUUCUCUCAAGAAAAUGGCACUAGUUAAUGCAUUCCUCAUGUUUCAGGUCUUGUUCACACUCAGAAAUAGACACUUAGACAUGCAUAUACCUCGUUCUCUUGCUCUUUCUACUUAACUGCUCUAUGUCAAUGUUAGUGAGUACUGUACGUGUGCACUACUGUACCUGCAAAUUACCACUACUGCUGAGUAGAGACAACGCAACCAAGAAAAGACAUGCUGUAGAGCGCAGAGAGCAUAUUACUGUACUGUGAUACUACUCAGUUGCUGUCGGUUUUUAAAUAGCGGAAAGGUCAUUUCUGUUUUAUUUUAAACUGUUUUAAUGUUCUAUCACCAAUUCAAGGAAAAUCUAUAAGUCCAAGAGCAGAAGAAGAGAAAGGAAGUAUUUUUUAUCUUCAGUAUGUUUUAAAAUUAAACAAACCAAGGAUCACUUCAGAUAAAUGUUGUCAACUACAGUUACUAUGAGAAAGUUCAUCAGUUUUGUCUUAAAGGAGGAUACAGCACAUCAGCGUAGUAAAGUAGCUUUGAGAAAGCCAGUCAAAAGACGGUGGCUGCACCCACUGAGACAGGAACUGCACGUUGCCAAAUUAUCACUGCGUGAAGGCUCGUCCAUAAGUUCAGUAAACAAACAAACAAAGACACAAACAGACAAACACCGUACACCCAGCAAUUACAGCCAGUCAAUCUGUGUCUAUUCAGUAUGUAUGAAAGCAAUGUUGUGACUAUUUUCUACUAAAAGUGCAAAUAGUCUGUACAUUUGUAAAGUUAAUUACACAAGAGGUUGCACCAGAACAGGCAUGUCCUGUGGUAGUGCUUGAGGCCUAUUGAAUAUAUGUAAAAUUAAAGGGAAAAUCAGCCCAAUUAACAAAAACUGUGUUUCCACAUAUUUAAACAUAAAUUGAGAGAUAAAUGUUAGUUUUAGGCUGGACACUUGCCAUGUCAAGUGAAACUUCCGGUCAUUAACAUCUGAAGAACUGACUUUGCUUUAAACGGCUGUAGAUAAAGAAGCUUUGUGGCAACUGCAGGCAAGCAGGCACUUGUAAAACCAUGGUGAAUUUGGGUUGAUUUUUCUAUAAGAGCAUGGUUAUUUGGGAACAUCCAGUUAGAAGAUUUUUUUUUUUCUGUUUUCCACUUUUGCUUAUGUUUUCAGUGUUUUGUAAAAGUGUGCUGUACUGUGAACAUCUAACUGAGUCCAACAGCAAGAGCUACUGUGGUUUUCUUUGUUUUGUUCAAUAUAAGAUUCUUGUUUCCUUACUUUUGAAAAAAUAAAAUAAUAUUGAAUUUUA